AUUAUUUGAAAGCAAAGUUUUUUAAUUGUAGAACUUUAAAAUAUUAUUAUGACUCCUUUAUUACGUGUUGGUCUUUGCAUCCCAACUAGAAAAAAGUUAUCUAUGUGUCUUCCUGAGAAAAUAUCCGAUCUUUGCAAAGCUUCCAAUAUUGAACUAUGUGAAAUAAAUCCAAGUAUUGAUUUAGAAAGUCAGGGUCCAUUUGAUGUAGUUUUACAUAAGGUUUUGGAUUAUCACAAUGAGCUAUCAACUGAAGAAGCAAAUAAAAAAAUUAAAUCUUUUGUAACUUACUUUGCAAAUCAUCAAAACACAAUUCUUAUUGAUAAUCUUGAAUGGUGUACAAAAUUUACAAAUCGAAAAUAUAUGAUCGAACUACUUAAGUCUUGCGAAUUUAGUAUGAAAGGAAAGAAAGUAUUUUUACCUAAAACCAUACAUAUUAUUGAUAAAAUGACCAUUUCAGACAUAUUACAUAUUAUAAGUGAACAAAAAGUUCGAUUUCCUGUUAUUUUAAAACCAUAUUCUGCAUAUUUUGAUAACGGCUCUCAUGACAUGGCUUUGAUAUUUUCUAUUGACAGCUUAUUGAAUGUUGAACCACCUUAUCUUAUUCAAGAGUUUCAUAAUCACAAUGGCGUAAUUUACAAAGUGUUUGUUGUUGGAAACAACUUUAAUAUUUGUGAACGCCCAUCAAUAAAGAAUUUUAAAGUUUUGCAUGAAAUUGAAUCUCCUUUAAAAGAAGCAAUGCAUUUUGACUCCCAUUGCAUAUCUAAAACUGGACAACCCUAUUUUAAAGAAUUGCAGUCAGAGGAUCCAAACAAGAAAAUUUGGUGUAAUGAUGACACCAAUCCGAAUCUUUUAAAUCGAAGUAUUAUUAAAGAAUUAAUUUUAAGAAUUCAAAGCAAGACUAAUUUAUUUUUGUUUGGUUUUGAUAUUUUAGUAGAUAUUGAGAAUGGUGAUUAUGCUGUUAUUGAUAUUAAUCAGUUUCCCUCUUAUGCCGGGAUUGGUGAACACCAUUUUGCAAACCAUCUUGUGGAUUUGUUCAAGUCAUUUAUUAGAUGAAGAUGUAACAAGAAUUUUUAAUUUUUUUUUUGGGAAAUCUUUUAUACUAAACUCUUUUAUCAAUAUUUUAUAGUUUUUUUUUUAAUUUUUUUUCCCUUGUAUUACCUUUCUUGUAAAUUAAUAAGGAACUAUUUUUUGUGCCUAUUUUUAUAUUAUAAUAUAUUUUAUUCCUGUUUACA